AUGGCGGGACAUGAGCCUUCUGCGGAGUGGGACAGGGUUGGCGGUCCGGAGCCCCCUCUCGGCCAUCGAAGAUCAUCAGUGAGAAGCAGCUCUAGUAUCAUAUCUGAUGUUGAAAUGGCGCACGAUGAGAUCUAUGCGGGGCCCGUUUCAGAGAGCAUCCCCUCUAGCUCUGCCUCGUUUGUACCUCGCCGAUCUCGCCGUGAAUCGCAACUCAGUUUCACUUACUUCAGGGAAACCUCGGAGGUGCCGGAGUGGGCAGUUGUAGACGCCGUUGGAGAUGAAGAUGAAGUCGCAAGUGGGUAUGCGGAAGGAAAUGAGGUCAACAUCGAGGAGGCACCGCUAAGUCCUAGCCGCGCUUCAAUGGACUCCCGUGUUGCCAGAGAUUCCUUCGAUGCUCCAUUGCUACAUCGAGACGAGUCUCCCGAGGGUUCAGUGAGACGACAGUCCCUUGACGAGGUGACUAGCCAGAAAAUAUACGUCGCAACGGAAGAUCUGACGGUGGUAAUCGCGGGUUUCAACACUAGUAUUUCUGGCUAUCUCCUAUACCUUACAGUCUGCUUCCUAUCAUGUGGUUUAGGGUACCUUCUUUUUCGAUGGCUUCCCCGAUGGCGUACGAGACUAAUCGGCACGCCAACACCAUUAUGCCGAUGUCAAUGGGCUGUAGUCGAGGACCAAUGGUCACAAUUGACCGUUCACGAAGUCGUCAGCCAGCCGUAUGAUCGCCCGUUGUCCACGGUCUUUGGCGCUCCGGCCAAGGAGGUUGACACUCCCAUAUUUGAUGAGGAGUAUGACCCUGUUAUUUCAACCCUACGGUUCUUGGAUUUUCGCUAUAUUCGCUUUUACUACCAUCCUGCCGAAUACCGAUUUUUGCAGUGUACCGGGUGGAAAGAUCCUUCUUGGACAAGCAUUAAAGCUUUGCGAAUUGGGUUAACGGCGGAAGAGAGGGAUUUUCGGGAACAAAUAUUUGGUCCGAACAUAAUCGAUAUCCAGCAAAAAAGUAUCCCGCAAAUCAUGGUCGACGAAAAACAAGAUCGGUAUUCUAUCCCUAAAGUCCUCGACUUUUCAAAGGCUGUCCUGACUCUGAGUAUCAGACAAUGCGGCGUCUUAGAGAAAUCUCCCACUUCGAAUUCACACGACCUAGCCCCAGGCGAUGUGUAUGAGGUUUCCGAUCCAUCCCUGACUCAAGUUCCAUGCGAUUGUUUACUCCUAAGUGGAGACUGCAUCGUUAAUGAGAGCAUGCUGACAGGUGAAUCCGUUCCUGUCGCAAAAACGCCAACCACAAAUGAAGCCCUUGCCUCUCUCGACAUCAGUGCGCCAUCGGUCCAACCAAAUGUCGCAAAACAUUCCCUUUUCUCUGGAACAAAGAUAAUAAGAGCUAGGCGACCGCAAGAUCCUAGGGAUGACGAAGCCGUCGCAUUAGCUAUGGUGAUCAGAACAGGUUUUAAUACAACAAAGGGCGCCCUUGUUCGCUCAAUGCUUUUUCCGAAGCCAUCUGGCUUCAAAUUCUACCGAGAUUCUUUCCGGUAUAUUUCAGUCAUGGGUACUGUUGCUGGAUUUGGAUUCAUUGCAUCUUUCAUAAAUUUUGUCAGAUUAGGGCUCCCCUGGCAUACCAUUAUUAUCCGUGCUCUUGACCUCAUCACCAUUGCUGUUCCACCCGCGCUACCUGCUACACUAUCGAUUGGCACAAAUUUUGCCCUCUCUCGGCUCAAAAAGGAGAAAAUUUUUUGCAUUAGUCCUCAAAGGGUUAAUGUUGGCGGGAAGCUCAAUGUAGUUUGUUUCGAUAAGACGGGGACUCUAACGGAGGACGGUCUUGAUGUCUUGGGGGUUAGGGUAAUUCGCGGACCGGACUUGAGAUUUAGUGACCUCCUCACCGAAUCAUCAUCCAUUCUUCCUCAUCGGUCGUAUGAGAGAGACCCCACGGUGAACUAUCGUGCAAACAGUUAUAUUCUCUAUACCAUGGCAACGUGCCACUCCUUGCGGAUUGUCGAUGGCGAACUGAUUGGUGAUCCCCUAGAUGUGAAAAUGUUCCAGUUCAUUGGGUGGUCAUUUGAAGAAGGGAGCCAUAAUGCUGCAGAUAUAGAGAUGGACCGGGACUAUGGUUCUCCAUCUAUCGCUAGGCCACCAGCUGACUUUUCUCCUGAUUAUAAUGAUCCUGACCCAAUUGGCAAACCAUUCGAGCUCGGUGUCCUCAGGUCAUUUGAAUUCGUGUCCCAACUUCGUCGGUCAAGCGUUAUAGCUCGACAGUUUGGCGACCCAGGUGCCUUCGUAUUCGUAAAAGGGGCCCCUGAAUGCAUGAAAGACAUAUGUCUUCCCGAAAGUUUACCUCCCGAUUUUGAAGAUCUGCUUAGCUUCUACACCCAUCGAGGUUUCCGUGUUAUUGCCUGUGCAGCAAAACAUUUCCAGAAGCUCAGUUGGAUAAAGGUACAGAAACUACAUCGUCUGGAAGCCGAAUCUGAUCUCGAAUUCAUUGGCUUCAUUGUCUUCGAAAACAAGCUCAAACCUAGUUCCAAAGGUGUCAUCACUGAACUAAACCAAGCUCACAUUCGAAACAUCAUGUGUACUGGAGAUAAUAUCCUGACAGGUGUCAGUGUCGCCCGAGAAUGCGGCAUUAUAGACGCGUCGAGUCCAUGCUUUGUACCCCGGUUUGUUGAAGGAAAUAUGUUCGACCCCAAUGCGCGUCUGAGCUGGGAGAAUACAGAAAACUCUGACUGUCUUCUCGAUGAAAACACACUGACGCAUCAGCCUAUUCCUACUCGAGGUGGCACCGAUCUGUCAGUGCCGUAUCGCAAUCCUAACUACUCUAUAGCUGUAACUGGGGAUAUAUUUCGAUGGAUUGUUGAUUACGGCUCUACGGAAGUCCUAAAUAAGAUGCUUGUUCGCGGUCAAGUGUUUGCCCGCAUGUCUCCUGACGAAAAACAUGAACUGGUCGAAAAACUCCAGUCUCUAGAUUAUUGUUGCGGAUUUUGUGGUGAUGGAGCGAAUGACUGCGGAGCGCUGAAGGCCGCAGAUGUUGGAAUUUCUCUCUCUGAGGCAGAGGCGUCAGUGGCGGCCCCGUUUACCAGUCGAGUGUUUGAUAUAUCAUGCGUACCACAAGUGAUCAGGGAAGGAAGAGCGGCCUUAGUCACAAGCUUCUGUUGCUUUAAAUUUAUGAGUUUAUAUUCCGCCAUCCAGUUCACUUCUGUGAGCUUUCUAUAUACUUCAGCAUCCAAUCUAGGAGACUUCCAGUAUUUAUUUAUCGACCUUCUCUUGAUCCUGCCCAUUGCAAUAUUUAUGGGUUGGAUUGGACCAAGCUCUAUUCUUUGCCGCAAGGCUCCGACCUCAAAUCUAGUUUCCCUCAAAGUUCUAGUUCCGCUUCUCGGUCAAAUCGGUAUUUGUAUCAUAAUGCAGUUCGUUGUUUUUGAGACUGUUCAGUUCCAGGACUGGUAUAUUCCACCGAAAAAGAAAUUCAACGACACAAACGUGAAAAAUUCCCAAAACACGGCACUUUUCCUUUUGUCCUGUUUCGAAUAUAUAUUUUCUGGCCCUGUAAUCAGCGUAGGGCGCCCCUUCCGGCAACCAAUGACUUCGAACGCUGAUGAGGGAAUAAAUGCAGUACCCUUUGUCGUCACCAUCAUAGUUACAUCUAUGUUCUCCUCAUACAUGCUAUUUGAACCAGCGAAAUGGUUAUUCAAUUUCAUGCAACUUACCGAAAUGUCUACUUGGUUCAAGUUUUGGAUUAUGGGGCUAGCACUUGUUAACUUUUCAAUCGCAUGGCUUGGGGAACGAUUGGUUUUCCCCAGAUUGGCUCGUCUUGUUGGUCGCAUUCAUUGCUGGCUUCGUCCAGAUCAAGCAAAACAGCGGCGUCGGUAUAAGAGUCUGCUUGAAGAAUCAUAG